AUGUACCAGGAUCGCUGUAUCUUCUUCUCCAAGAUGGGCGCGUGCCGCCAUGGUGAUCACUGCACAAAAGUCCACGUGCGCCCAGCGACGUCGCCAACGGUACUGCUCCCGAUGAUGUACCCGAACCCCAUGGCGAUUGAGCACAUCCAGGACCGACAGUGGGACUUCCAAUUUGAGCGCAAGUAUCUGAAGCGGCACUUUGAGCGCUUCUACAAGGAGACGUGGCGCACCUUCAUGGAGCUGGGCCGCAUCGCCGAGCUGCGCGUGGUGAGCAACCUUGGUGACCACCUUCUUGGCAACGUGUACAUCCGUUUUGAGGAGUCCAGUGACGCCGUCCGAAUUGCGCGUGAGCUCAAGGCGAAGAAGUUGAACGACAUUAUUCUUCUUCCGGAGUUGAGCCCUGUCACUAAUUUUGCUGAGGCCUGCUGCAAGGAGGACCUUGAGGGGAAAUGUGGCCGCGGUACGCAGUGCAACUACCUGCACAUCAUUAAGGUCUCACGCAAGCUGUUGGAUAGACUCGAGAGGGAGCAGGCGAAGUUCUGGAAGAAGAAGGACAAACAUAGCAGCGGAAGUGACCGUAAGCGUGACCGCUCGAAGGAACGUGGCAGAGACCGGUCCAGGUCACCACGGCCAUACGCCAACGAUCUGUGCCACAUCUGCGGCAAAACAGGUCACAUCUCCCGCGACUGCCCGCUGAAAUGA